ACGAAACAGUUUCGCUUCGAGCAGUCUCGCGCAAGUUGCAUCGCCAAGGAAAAAAUCUAUAAAUUGAUUUUAAAGUAAACAAGCCAAAGGAAUUUUAGAUGAAAACCAUUCGAAAGAUAUUGCCGCCUCCGACGCGCUUCAGGCACAAGCUAUGCACCACCCGUGGCAUUUGGGAGAGACUUAUGUCGCCUAUUUCGCCAGCCAAAUUGCGCACCACAGCAAUUUUGACGAGCCUUUAUCAAUUGCUGAUUGCGCAUGCUGUGCUCUUUCUGGUGCUGCUCUGCCUUGCGCAUGCGGAGCAAAUCCGUCAUGUGCUGGAAAUGGAUAUACUGGAUCAGAAGGACAGCGGCUUCUACAACAUGUCACCCUUCCAUAAUGAAAUGCGACUCAGGACGGCCUCCCAACUGGCGGAUGCUACUGAGAAUACGCUCUACGCUCUCGCCGUGAUGGCGACUGUUUAUGCCCUCACUACCAUUUCAUUGUUCGUUGGCGUGUUUAAGAACAAACCGGGUUUGAUUAUACCUUGGCUGGUGAUUGAAUUUCUGCUGCUAGUUGCUAUGAGCGUGUUUAUUUUCAUGUUUAAGGACACCCAGCUGGCCAUGAUGUUUUUCUACCAGCCUAUCUACUUUUUCAUGUGUUAUUCGCUGGUCCUCAUUGACGGCUUCAAGUGGUAUAUAAUGCAUAGCUACUAUCAGAGUCUCUGCACAAUGAACAAGCUGCGAGAAAUUGCCACUGUGGCCAUUCCUUGUCCAGCACCAGGCUCUCUGGUUCCCUAUCAGUACCGGCGGGAAAAUAUGUAUCUGGGCAGCAAUGGAUACAAGCACAUACUAACCGAGUCUCCUGAUGGACAGUGUUAGAUAUGAAUGCAACGAUCAAACGAACUCACAUUUCCACCCCCUACCCAAAGGCUCACCAACUUCUAGCAUCAAGUGUCUUAUUUAGUUUGCAUUAUUAAUUGCAUAUUUGGAACGCGUGUGAUAUGGACAAAAGAUAACUAUUUUAAUUAGCAAAGGGCUCGAAGGACUCUACAGCAUGAUAGCAAUAUACAGUGAAUGAAAAAAGAGCAUAUUAUGAUUUGAUAAAUCUUUAUCAACAUAAACUAUUUUCUGUGUAGUGCUUAACUCCCAUUACUAUUUAAUCGUGUAGUAAAUCAAAAAAGUUAAUGAAGCUU